AUGCGACCUCGAAUGCGUUUCGACGAUGUGGCCUGGGAACAAGCCGAGGAAGUAUCAGACAAUUGGCUGCUUCAAUUCCUCGACCAUGACGUCCUAGUGCCGAUCGGAUAUUUCAUGCUCGAUCAGAAUGGAUGCAAGGGGAACAAUUUCAACGUACUCGAGAAAGGCUCUUAUAACAUUUCGUUGCGAUUGAAGAACGAACAUGAAUCUACCAUUAUUCGCCUGUCGCAGCCCGGCGCUGUCUUUUUCCCAGAGGAGAAAGUCAUGAAUGAGGUUGCUACCAUGCGAUUUCUCGCGGACAAGACAUCAAUACCUAUACCGUUUAUCCAUCUCUCGGGAACAAAGAAACAGAGUCCACUCGAGUUGAGUCCAUUUAUCAUCAUGGAUUAUAUCGAACAUGAGACAAAUAUGUACCACGCUCUCAAUACCCCGGGACGCCCGAAAGAAGAACGCGGGGUCCUAGAUCCGGCUAUCGACGAUGACAGGCUUGGGAUGCUCUAUGGGGAAAUCGCGGACAUUUUACUUCAGCUUUCCGUUCCCUCUCUUCCUCAAAUAGGCUCUCUCAGCCAGAUCGAUGACUUUACCUGGGACGUAACACGACGGCCUCUAUCCAUGAACAUGAACGAACUCGUCCGAGUAGGAAGCCUGCCCCAAUCAAAACUUCCAAGUAUACACACUACAUACACCACAACUUCGUCGUAUCUCGAAGCUCUCGCAGAUCUCAAUAUCGAGCAUCUCAUCCAACAAAGAAACGAUUCCGUGGACUCUGCAGACGAUUGCCGACGAAGAUUUGUGGCGAGGCAGCUUUUUCGUAAACUUGCCAGGGACAAGCGACUCAGCAAUCCUGCGCUUGACAAGGGGCCAUUUAGAUUAUGGUGUGAUGAUUUACGCCCAGCUAACGUGCUUCUGCAUGGUGAUUUUAAACUUGCCGGCGUGGUCGAUUGGGAGUUCACAUACGCUGCACCCGCCGAGUUUUCCUAUGCGCCUCCUUGGUGGUUACUCAUUGAGAAGCCCGAGUACUGGUCAGAGGGUCUCGAGGACUGGACCGAAAAGUUCGACUUCCGGAUGGAGACGUUCCUUAAGGUGAUGAAGGAACAUGAAGACAUUGCGAUACAAAAGGGUCAAUUGAACGAGAAUCAACGGCUGUCGAACCACAUGCGUGAGAGUUGGGAAAGUGGGGAUUUCUGGGUUAUGUAUGCAGUAACGCAUAGUUUUGCCUUUGAUGCGAUUUACUGGCAAAAGAUAGACCCACGCUUUUUUGGACCUACAGCGGACCACGAGGAAGCAUGGAGAGAGAGACUUGAUCUGCUAGAUGAACAGGAAAAAGAUAAGAUGGAAGAAUUAGUCUCUCGGAAGUUGGAAGAAAUGGAGAGUAGGGUUUUGGCUUGGGACCCGGAUGAAUAUACGAUGGCCUUUCACCAGCAAUUGAAGAGGCGGAAAGAGAAGGAAGAUGGACGAAAAAAUGAAGGCGACUAAAGUACAGAGAUGCGAUGUUAGGUAGUUACUAUAUAGAACCCACGCGAGGGUGAGUGCGAGUGGUUGCCGAUUGUAGCC